AAUAAAUACUCAAACCUACGGAAGCCACGUGUGGGGCCGGACAGGGAGCGUUACGUUUGUCGCGUUGGGAUCCCACGUUGGAAACGUUUAGAAGCGAAGAAGAAGGAGAAGAAGCAGACGCAGGAGGGGGAGAAGGAGGAGGCAAGAUGAAACACUUUGUUCUAGUCCAUGGUGCAGGACAUGGAGCAUGGACUUGGUACAAGGUGGUGACGUUGCUAAGAUCAGCUGGGCAUCGAGUUACAGCUUUAGAUCUUGGCGGUAGUGGGGUCAACCCUAAGCGGUUAGAUGAGUUGGGGUCAAUUUUCGAUUACUUGCAGCCGUUGAUUGAGUUAAUGGAGUCUCUUCCUGAAGAAGAACAGGUGACACUGGUGGGUCACAGCCUCGGAGGCUUUGGUAUCUCUCUAGCGAUGGAGCAAUUCCCGGAUAAGAUUUCUGUGGCCGUUUUCAUUACUGCACUGAUGCCCAGCUACACAUCUCCUCCUGCUGCUGUCUUACAAGAGUUCUUUAAGAGGACACCGUUGGAGUCUGUAAUCGAUUGCGUGUUUUCCUUCGAUCGAGGGCCAGAGAACCUUCCUACUUCAGUGAUCUUAGGGCCACAGUACCUUGCUUCCAUCAUGUACCAGUGCAGCCCAUCUGAGGAUCUUACGCUGGCCACCAUGUUGGUUCGACCAACUAGUUAUUUCAUUGAAGAUUUGUCCAAGGAAAAAUUGCUUUCGAAGGAGAAAUUUGGGUCUGUGGACCGGUUUUACAUCAUAUGUGAUGAAGAUAAGGUGGUGAAGGAGGAUUUUCAACAAUGGAUGAUAGAGAAUAAUCCAACUAAAGAGGUAAAAGUGAUUGCAGGUGCUGAUCAUAUGGUAAUGCUUUCAAAGCCACAAGAGCUUUGCUUAUGUCUCAAAGAGAUAGCUAGUAAAUAUGAUUAAAAAUAUGUUUAUGAAAUGGUAGAAUCUCUCAAGUCCUUUUGGGAAUUGUUUUUUGCAGUAUUAAUUUAAUGGAAUGAAACAUUGUUAAUUUAUUCA